AUGUCUCUUCCAACCAGAACCCUCGGCAAAAAUGGACCUCCAGUCACCAGCGUCGGUUUCGGACUGAUGAGCAUCGGUGGCAUCUACGGACCCAAAGGCACAGAUGAAGAGCGUUUCGCCUUGCUCGACCAUGCCCAUGAGAUUGGUGAGCACUUCUGGGACACAGCCGACCUGUAUUUCGACAGCGAAGAAGUGGUCGGCAAAUGGAUCCGCAAGAAUCCGGCCAAAGCGAAAGACAUCUUCUUAGCGACGAAGUUUGCUAUUGGAAUGGGCCCAGACGGCUCUCUGACUUUGGACUCUAGCCCCGAGUAUGUCAAGAUAGCUUGUCAAAGAAGUCUGGAUAAGCUGGGUGUUGAGACAAUUAAUUUGUAUUAUUGUCAUCGGGUGGAUGGGAAGACACCGAUUGAGAAAACCAUCGAAGCGAUGGUGGAACUGAAGAACGAGGGCAAGAUUCGUUACCUGGGCCUCAGUGAAGUGACUGCCCAAACCCUGCGGCGAGCGCACGCCGUGCACCCCAUCUCCGCUCUGCAGGUCGAAUACAGUGCGUUCGCCGUGGACAUCGAAGACCCCAAAAUUGACCUGCUCCGAACAUGCCGAGAACUCGGGGUCGCGGUUGUUGCAUACAGUCCCAUCGGCCGUGGACUUCUGACAGGACGCUACAAGUCCCAUGAGGAUCUCGCUCAUGAUCCUCUUCUGGCAGUUCUACCGCGCUACUCAAAGGAGAACUUCCCGCGGAUUCUGGAGCUGAUGGAAAUCUUCAAGUCCAUUGCAACGCGCAAGGGAUGCACACCGGUGCAACUAGCCAUGGCGUGGUUGAUGGCUCGCGGCGACGAUAUUAUUCCGAUUCCAGGGACAAGAAGCAUCAAAUAUCUUGACGAAAAUGUGGGCACUGCUCACGUGGAGGUCACGGAUGAGGAGCAGGUGCGGAUUAACGAUGCUGUUCAGAAGAGCAUGUUGCAGGGCAGUCGGUAUCCUCAGGGUAUGCCGGCAAACUUUGAGCUGGGUGAAACUCCCUCUCUGUGA